UCUAUAUACUCGUCUAUUUUCUUUGGUCACUGUCACCUGUCACGUCGUCAAUAUAAGGAUUAUAAAGAUCAUAAGGAUUAUAGAUCGACAAUUAUAGAGCUUUGAAUAUCGAGGAACGAUCGAAAAAAAAUUAUAAUUUAGUUGCGAAUGUAAGAUAUAAAUAUAUAAUUAUGUCUAACAAUAAUGUCACGUUGCCGAAAGCACCGAAAGAGCUGUGUUUCUCCGAGCUUGAUUUCAUACAGGAAAAUUUCGAUGUCGAUAAUUUUCUACAAGAUCAUAGAAAAAAUAGCAAACUGGAGGCAAUGCGUGAUGAUCUUGGCAUGUAUCUAAAAUUGUUGAGGUCUGCUAUGAUUGAUUUGAUUAAUAGGGAUUACACGGAUUUUGUGAAUCUAUCUAGUAAUUUGAUCGGGCUCGAUAAAGCUAUCAAUGAUUUGCAAGCACCACUUGGACAGUUAAGGGAAGAAGUUAUGCAAGUACGACAAGUUUUGGAUGAUGAAAUUGCAGCCAUUUCAACCAAUUUAAAUGAUAAUCUGAAAAUAAGAGAGCGCAAACAAAGUUUGCAUAGUUUACAACAUGUAUACAAAUCACUUAAAAAGCUUUCUUCUAUAUUGUCUAUGGAAACAUUCAUGGAAAUUCCUUCAAAAAUUGACAUUUUGGAACAAGCUGCGAUCGAACUGAAUCAACUAAAAUUUCAUAUAUCCAGAUGUAAAUCGGAUAUUUCAAUUAAUCAAGAGAAAAAAAGUACAGAAUUGGAAAACUUGUACCUAAAUUGCCUGAAUGAGUUAUUCUUAAUGUGUAUACAUGAGAAGAAUUCAAAUUUGACAAUCCGUUGCCUCAGAAUUUACCUUACCCUUGAUAAAAUAACAAAUGCUGAAGAAUUAGUAAGGCAUGAAGUUAUCAGACCAUUGGUUUACAAUGUGGUUAAUGAGGAGAAUCUUCAAACUGAUCCACUUGGUUUGCAAAGUAUCUACCACAGACUAUUGAAUAUUCUAAAUGUGGAACUAAAACAACUAUUAGAUAUCACAUUAUAUCCUGAGAGAAUUUCUGUGAAAGGGUUUAAUUUUCUAGUAAACAGUUUUUGGACUGAAGUUGAAGAAAAAAUUGAACAGUAUAUAAAAUCUAUCUUUGCUCCAGGAGAUCCAGUGUUAUUUCAUAAAAGGUAUACAGCUACAUUGGAAUUUUUAACAAAAUUGGAAGCGGAAUGCGUUAUGCCUGAAAUUUUAAUGGCAAUGAGAGAUCAUCCACAAUAUAAAGGUUUUCUUAAGAAAUGGAAUUUGCCAGUAUACUUCCAAAUCCGAUUUCAAGAGAUAGCUGGUGAUGUGGAAACAGUAUUAGCUGAGCCAGUGUCACCAGACUCGAUCAAAGGUAGUUUGAUCUCAUUGACACAAAAAGAUUUCUCGCUUCAUGCGACUAAUGUGAUUUGGGAUAAUCUGCUAAGGAUAUGGGCAGAAAAUAUUUAUUUGUAUCAAUUAUUUCACAAAUUUUGGAAACUUAGUCUUCAAAUAUGCUCAAGGUAUCAAACUUGGUGUCAAAGUGCAAUGAAACAAGUAUGGCCAAUAAUAAAUGAAACAAACAAUUCAACCGACUCGGAGUAUUCAACGAGAUUGAACUUUCUAGUAUAUCUGUACAUUGAUGUAGAUAAAUUGAUAAAUGUGUUGCCAUCUUUUCUACAAAUGGUACAAUCAAAAAUUAAAACUGAGAAUGGUACUAUACCAAUGUUAUUAGAAGAUUCUCUUAGUGAAACGUCUAAAAAUCUAGCAAAUUUAUUACCUUUAAUUACAAAAGAAAUCGUGAACGAGCUUUCAGAACAAUGUGUAACAUAUUUGAAACAAGUUAGCGACAUUCCUAGAUUGUUUAGAAGAACAAAGCGAGACGUGCCAACUAAACCUUGUCCUUAUGUAAAGAGUGCAAUAGUUCCUCUUGCUAAUUUUUAUUCAGAUUAUAAUAAAAUUAUUUCUAAAACUGUUAUUCUCUGGUUAGAAUUAACUUUGUCUUCACUAACAGAAAGCUAUUUAUCAUUCGUUACUGAUGUGUUGACAUCCGUACAAAAAACUGAGGAAAGUUUAAGAAGAUUGAAAAAAAUUCGCGACAAAUCUACUGGAAUCCUGCCUUCAGAAUCGCAAGGUACUAGCGACGACGAAAAGAUACGUAUUCAACUUAAAGUGGAUGUGGACGGUUACGCAAACAUGAUCAAGGAUCUUAAUAUCUCGUCUACCAACAUACAUCAUUUGCAAGAAUUGGUAGAUGCUGUAGAAGCAGCUGUUAAGAAAUGAAAUUUUUAUAGCAAUAAUUUUUAGUUAUAUUAAGAUGUGCUGUUUAGCAAUGAUUUAAACAUGUCAUUAUUUCGUCAAUUAUAUCAUUAUAAGUCAUGAAUCAGAGUUCGAAAGUUUUAAAAGUAAAAUAUAUCUCAACUGUUACAAUAAGA